UCUCUCUCUGCCUGCCCGUCAACCGAUGGUGAAUUUGAUAACGCCGCUCCGGCGAGGAUUCAGGAGGUACACCACGCAAGGUUUGGCCUUCUUCUGAUGCUUUCGGUUCCCUAAUCAAAUCUUUGCAUCCCUGUUUUCUUUAGACGGCUCUACAUCUUGUAAUAACUUUGGGAUAGCCGAAAGCACCAUUUUUCUUCGGAAAUUGACGAGCGACCCGCUCCAGGAAAGAGCGAUGGAGUACGAUGUCAGUGCAGAACAGCAUCGUCGUCCUCCUUGUUAGUUAAAGAAAAAAGUGGGUCAAGAUUAGUGAAGAAAAACCCAAAAGAAAGUAUACCAGACGCACGCAUGAUUGGAUUUGUGACAUAAAGGCGAUACAAAGCAAUCCGGAUAUGGUCCCUUCAUUUAAGAAAACAGAAAUGUCCUAAGUUAACCCGAUUGUAUCCAGCCUUAGCAUCCGAAAACUUUAGACAGAGCACGAUAAAAAAAUAAGCAAAUAGAUUGCGGCCGAAGGAAAGAACAGAGAAUGUUGUACUAUAAAUUCGAUCGCUCGGAAUCUGAAAAUGACAUCAAAACACGCAAGGGAGGAAGAAGAAACAGCGAAUCCAAAAAGCUCGGACCCAAAUCUUUCGAGAGCCAAAAGAUGAGACCCCAGUCCCUCGCGUGGAAACUGAUUCGUCCGAGAAACACGCGAGUGUUGACCGCACCCACCACCACACGAAAGCGCUGCAGAUCUUCCACUCGUCCCACGAAAAAAAGAACCUUGUUAUAAGCAGGAAAAAAAGACCAGAAAUUUCUCCUCUCCCCGCGCUCUCUGCACCAUAAACAAAUACAGUUGCCGCCUCUUCUCUGAGAGUGAAACCAGGAACCAACGUGUCACAACACAUCCCAAAGCCGGAUGGAAUGGAAACUGCUUUUUUAUAAACCAAGAUUCUUUACCAACUUUGUCACUCCCGCACUCAAAAAUAAAGCUCCACUGUCAGUUCACCAUUCCCCUGCAAGGUCCUUUGGAAAGCCAAUUGGGAAAAAGGCCAAUCUUGCGUAAAUCUAGACGAACCCAUCUGCCAGCAUCGUCUUCUUUCGCACCAUUUUUCACUCUGGUUGUGUCUUUCGCUUUUCCUAGCACAGCAGCUAUGAGACAUCCUAAGAAGACGAGGCUGCUUCCUCUGUUUCCCACGAUCCUGCUCCUCGGUCUCGCUCUUUCACGUCUCUCCUUGGCCCAACGAGGACAACCCAUCAAGACGAUCGUGGUGUUGGUGCUGGAGAACAGGUCCUUCGAUCACAUGCUCGGAUGGAUGAAAAGAAGCAUCAAUCCUAACAUCAAUGGCGUUACCGGGCGCGAGUGCAAUCCGGUCUCGACCAAUAAAACUGACCCGGGAAUGAUCUGCUUUACGGACGACGCCGAGUUCGUUGAUCCCGAUCCGGGCCACUCGUUCGAGGCCGUGCAGCAACAGGUGUUUGGGUCCGGCACUGUUCCUACCAUGACAGGCUUUGUGGAGCAAGCUCUGACCAUGUCGCAGGACCUCUCGGAAACUGUGAUGAAGGGCUUCCGGCCUGAGUCUUUGCCUGUUUAUGCCACUCUGGCGAGUGAAUUCGCUGUGUUCGAUCGGUGGUUCUCGUCGAUUCCUGGCCCGACUCAACCUAACAGGCUCUUUGUCUACUCCGCCACCUCUCAUGGCUCCACCAGCCAUGUCAAGAAACUGCUUGCCAAAGGGUUUCCUCAAAAGACCAUCUUUGAUUCUCUCCACGAGAAUGGCAUGAACUUUGGGAUUUAUUACCAAAACGUACCCAACACGCUGUUCUAUAGGAACUUGAGGAAAUUGAAGUAUAUCCUCAAAUUUCAUCAGUAUGAUCUGAAGUUCAAGAAAGAUGCUAGAGAUGGGAAGUUGCCUAGCCUAACCGUCAUCGAGCCUCGGUACUUUGAUCUCAAGGGUAUGCCGGGUAAUGAUGAUCACCCUUCUCAUGAUGUGGCCAAUGGGCAAAAGCUUGUUAAGGAAGUCUAUGAGACACUAAGAGGAAGCCCCCAGUGGAAUGAGACACUCUUGAUCAUCACGUAUGAUGAGCACGGUGGAUUCUAUGACCAUGUCGAGACUCCAUAUGUCAAUGUGCCUAAUCCGGAUGGGAACACCGGCCCUGCUCCAUAUUUCUUCAAGUUUGAUCGCCUUGGGGUUCGGGUGCCCACGAUCAUGGUGUCUCCUUGGAUCAAGAAAGGAACUGUGAUAAGUGGUCCGAAGGGACCAGCUCCAAAUUCAGAGUUCGAGCAUUCUUCAAUUCCUGCAACGAUAAAGAAAAUUUUCAACCUCACCUCCAACUUCUUGACUCACAGAGAUGCAUGGGCUGGCACGUUUGAAGAGGUUGUAGGAGAAUUGACCUCCCCCAGAACUGACUGCCCAGAGACAUUGCCUCAUGCGAUGCCUUUGAGGAGUUCAGAAGCAAAGGAAGACGGCGCACUAUCUGAGUUUCAGAGUGAAGUUGUGCAGUUAGCGGCUGUGCUAAAUGGGGACCACUUCUUGAGCAGCUUCCCGGAUGAGAUGGGAAAGAAGAUGAAUGUAAAGCAGGCCAGUGAGUACGUGAAUGGUGCCAUUUCUCGGUUCAUCAGAGCAAGCAAAGAGGCCAUCAAGUUGGGCGCAGAUGAGUCUGCUAUUGUUGAUAUGCGGUCAUCACUCACUACAAGGUCCUCUAUCCACAAUUAGAUAGAACUCCCGGGGAUUUCACAUGUUUGAUAGAGUAGUCUAUAUAAGAAAUUUAGGUAUAUCUUUGCUUGGGGAAUUUGUCAAUCAGAACAGCUGGGAAGGAAGAAUGAGAAAUCAAAGCUUGCUUUAUAGGUUCAGUUUUUUAAAUAUGGUUUUUCAUGCUAGACAAUUAUCUGCUUUAACUUGCUAGGGAGCGGAGGGCAGGAAAAACUGCUUCUCUGAGGUUGCUCUGUAAGUAAAACUUAGACUAAUGUUCUAUGCUUUCAUAUCCAGCUUUGGAAGUUCAUGCCGAA